AUCGCAGCAACCGAAACUUUGUCUUAGCAGCGAGAGGGCUCGUCGGAGGAGGAGAGAGACAGAGAAGGAAAUCGAUGGCGUCGCGGCAGGAAAGAGAAGAACUUGACCGCCGUGCCAAGGAGGGAGAGACGGUGGUUCCCGGUGGCACCGGCGGGAAGAGCCUCGAGGCUCAGGAGCACCUGGCCGAAGGGAGGAGCAAAGGAGGGCAGACGAGGAAGGAGCAGCUGGGGACGGAAGGGUACCAGCAGAUGGGCCGCAAGGGCGGGCUGAGCACCGGCGACGAGUCGGGUGGCGAGCGCACAGCGCGAGAGGGCAUCGAGAUCGACGAGUCCAAGUUCCGAACCAAGAGCUGAACACUCCCUCUCGUUAAGUAGGGUUUUUAGCUCAGUGUUUUCCUGUUUUCGUGUUCAUGAAGCAAUAAAAAGGUCGGUAAUGUAUGUUUGUGUGGACUUCCAUGGUGUGUACUUGGG